GAGGAGCCCCGGGAGCCGCCGCCGCCGCCACCAGCGCCUGCCUCCCUCCCUCUCUCCCUCCCGCCUUCCCUCCCUCCUCAGCGUCCGCCCGAGCCGGCCCGGGAGGGAGAGAGGCCCGCGCAGCCCCCACCAUGAACAAGUUGAAGUCAUCACAGAAAGAUAAAGUUCGUCAGUUCAUGAUCUUCACGCAGUCCAGUGAAAAAACCGCUGUGAAUUGCCUAUCUCAAAAUGACUGGAAGUUAGAUGUUGCAACAGAUAACUUUUUCCAAAAUCCUGAACUGUACGUACGAGAAAACAUAAAAGGGUCGUUGGACAGGAAGAAGUUAGAACAAUUAUAUAACAGAUACAAAGAUCCCCAGGAUGAGAAUAAAAUUGGCAUAGAUGGUAUACAGCAAUUUUGCGAUGACCUAGCGCUGGACCCCGCCAGUAUUAGCGUAUUGAUCAUUGCCUGGAAGUUUAGAGCUGCAACACAGUGCGAAUUCUUAAAGAUGGAAUUCAUGGAUGGGAUGACAGACCUGGGCUGUGACAGCAUAGAAAAACUGAAGGCUCAGCUUCCUAAAAUGGAACAAGAAUUAAAAGAGCCAGGAAGAUUUAAGGAUUUUUAUCAGUUUACUUUCAACUUCGCGAAGAAUCCAGGACAGAAGGGUUUAGAUUUAGAAAUGGCCAUUGCCUACUGGAAUUUAGUACUUCAUGGAAGAUUUAAAUUCCUAGACUUGUGGAACAAAUUUUUAUUGGAACAUCAUAAAAGAUCUAUACCGAAGGACACUUGGAACCUUCUUCUAGACUUCAGUACAAUGAUAGCAGAUGAUAUGUCUAAUUAUGACGAGGAAGGGGCAUGGCCAGUUCUUAUCGACGACUUUGUGGAAUUUGCACGCCCUCAAAUUGCCGGGAUAAAAAGUACGACAGUGUAGUGCUAAACGAACCUUCUUGAAUGUACAUAGUCUGUACAAAUAAAAAUAAUGAGGAAAAAUUGCACAGUCAAUUUCUGCUGGCUGGACUGAACAGGACUGAAGACCAAUCCUCAAGAAGCAACGACGGAGGGUUGAGGCAAACCUUUUAAGGAUCUACCUUGGACCAUAUCAGACUGCGGCUGCCUUGGGCUUCUCUCGUAGCCUGGGCCAGUCUUUGCAUAUUUAAAAACUCCAGCAGUGUGGAUUUUUUUUUUAAAUGGCGCACCCUCAUCAUUUCCAUAAACCUUAAAUUGUGUUGGGUGGUCAUUCUUUUGAAAUUUCUGGUUCCACGUUAAGCACACCCUGUCUUCAUCAAGCAAACACCUUUGGCAUAAGAUUUCCACAGAUCCGUAUCUCAUCCCAUUUGUUUUUGCUUUAUUUUGCGCUGUUGUUUUAAAGAAAAAGCUCUUCUGACAUAACGUGCUUCUGGGCUGGCUGCAAAGACUCUGCUGUUGGAGAACGCCUUCCGAGAGUGAUGUGGUUGAGGAUGUUGGAGCUGGUCUCUUAGAGCCAGUGCUGUCAAAGUGAACGGUGAGGGGUUUUUGUUGUUGUUGUUGUUUGUUUAACGCAAAUGUAAGGAUGUCCUGACAAAAGGCUGGCUUCUUCCUUCCCCCCUUCCUCUCCAUAUCAGGCUAAAUAGGUGCUUGACUGAAGUUUAAUUGUAUCCAUGAAAAACACUGUUGAAAACACAGCACAGAUACUGUGCACGUAACAGUGCCCCUGUUUGAAUACCAUAGUCAGAAACACUGGGUGCCUAAUAUGACAAGCCGCAUCGCCCUCUGGGGGCCCUGGCCUCCAAUAGCUGGAUCCUAAAUAACUUGUUCAGUUUCUGCCUCUUAUUGCUGGCCAUUGCUGGCCGUUUCCUUUUCUGUGGUUCCCAGUGGCUGCCAGUCCCCCUGCUGCCGUUGUUCUUUAUAAUACUGCAUUAACAGUACGAAAGGGAGGCUGGCUGGAACUGAGGGUGCCUGCGGCCAUCAAGGUCAGUAGGCGUACAGGACCGGUGAGGUCUCCCGAAGCUUCCAGGAGGAGACUUUGGCUUGCUGUGCAAUUCGAUUGUCUUAGGUCAGAGGUUGGCAGCCUCUUCAGGGAAUCAGGACUCCCCCCCCGCCCCCCCCCCCCCCCGUUGGCCCUCUUGAGAUUGGUUGGUUUAUCCACUUUCGUUUACCUAACUCUGCUGCGUCUGUCCUUUUUCAGUGGUUGCCUCAAAAUAGGCAGAGCAGGCUAUGGCCCGAGCUGAAAUGUUGUUUGCGACUUCUAGCGAAGGCGGCGGCAGCCAAAUGAGGACUAGCCAGUUUCAUCUCAAGUGCAGGUCAUAAGUUGCUCACCACUGGCUCUUAAGCGUUGCCCAAUAAAACUCUGUGGUAUCGUGAACCUCAGCUCUUUGUCUAGACCAUCUUCUCUCCCUCUCCCCCCGCUUUAAGUUCUACUGAAAUGUUAAAACUUGAAUACAAUACUAAAUGCGUACUCGAAUUCCCUGUUAAAGCCAGGGAAGGGUUUUGAUUGUUGGAUUGGAAUAAUGAUGAGUGCGAUACAAAGCUCUUCUACAGUUAAUGGGCUGAGCCACAUAAUACCAGUGUUGGUGACGCUAGCGGUACUGCCGUAAUGGACAAUGCCAUUUAUCGGCAUUUAUCAAACAAAAUGCAGAUCACUGGCUGCCAGAUGGAGGCAUUGCUGCCCUGACCCAAAGCUCCGAGGGAGCUCUAGUGCACAUGUGGAUCCUUCCCGGCAAGAGCAGAGCUGUUCUGGUCACAUCCCUGUUGGCAACAGAGGUGAAUGCACAUACAGUGUUCUUGCCAGCGUUGGAGUCCCUGUUUGUGAUGGGUCAGAGUGGAAGGGUACAUUUUUUCCAAGCGAGUAUAAACUAUGUCGAGCACAAUCCAGCCAAAGCGCUGAGCACUUUGAAGAGUCCAGUUUAUUUCAGUGGGAGAGAGUUAAAAAUGGACCUGACAGUUUAGCCGAGCUAUUCGUAACUUAAAAAUGUGCUUAACUUUGGCUCGAUCGUGCUCUGACUUGAUGCAGAACAUUUCUUGGGAACCAUAAGUUACGUGGACUGCCCUGUGGGCUUCUGCAUAUAUUCCUUCUUCUCUUUUCAGCAUUAUCACAAGUACCAUUAUGUCUACCCCAAGGAGAAUCUUGAUUCAUCGCUAGCUUUCCAUCAAAGAUUGAAAGCAGAAUUAAGCAGAAUUCAAUCCAAAGAUUGAAGCAGAUUGAAAGCAGAAUUAAGUCAGAGCUGUCUGUAGUUUUAACCCUGGAAUAGAUGCAGUGCUGAGAAGAGGAGAGGAGAGGGAAGCCCCAGGGGUCUCUGUAUGAUUCAGAGUUCAAGGUCUGUUAGAUCUCUACUGGGUCUGUAUAUGCCCAAGUACAAGCCUGUACUUGCUCAUUUUGGGGGGUUUUAUUAGAUAGCACUUGAAAAAUGCCUUCUGCUAUAAUGUCAUGGAACUCCGUGAGCAAAGACAAAUUUCCCUUUCGAGGCGUUGAAAAAUCCAUUCUAAUAAUUAAGAAUGAGAUGUUCAGGCUCUGCCUAUUUCAUGGUGUCUCAAUGUCUGACGUCUCAUUUAUCCUUGAAAUUAAAAACGCGCUUUAAUACACAUACUAGAAUAACUUGGGGGGGGGGGAGUAGGUAUUAACUGCUUAAUACUUUUUAAAAAACCCUUCUGUAAAUCAAAGUGGUCGGAACGACCCCUCCCCUCUUCCCAGCAGUGCCUUUUUGGCAAAACUUAGAAUUGCGUAACAUUGGGAAUCUCUUCUGCUGCUGGGAGUGUCAGACAAAUAUAUUUGCUUUCCUGCUUUCAGUGUUUUUUCUCUCUCUCUUGUGUAAAUAUCAGUGGAGACUUGAAUUAUGAAAACUUUACAAGGUGUGUGUGUGUGUGUGCGCUAGUUUCUGUCUUAAGGAAAUUUGGGUACAGUUUUUCCAGACCGAUUCAUUGAUGUAUGCUGUGCUAUUUUUUUGUGUUGGUGUUCUUAGUAUUUUUUCCCCCUUUAAAUGAAACGUACUUAACUCUGCCCCUGUGCAGAAGUCGUAGAGUUGGGGCAUACACGCCGUGCUGUUUUUGUUUUUUUAAAAUAGAUUAUUUCUUUUGCAACGUUGAGGCCUUUUCAACAAAAUGGAUUUUGCCAUCAGUUUGGUACUACACAAUUUAUAAUUACUGUGUAAUUAUAAAACAGCAUUUACAUAAAGCAUUGCUGUCUUAAAUAGCAGAGAAACGAAGGUUAUUUUGUGUGAUUGCAUCUCCGGGGAGUAAAGGUUCAGCCUGUCAGGCGCAAGCUGGCCUGCCCCUUCCCUUCCGGGGGCUGAGCACACUUGAAGCAGCGCUUAGUUGGGUUGUGCCCAGUAGCAGAAACACUUGGUUUAACGAUGGUUUGUUUCUGAACCUAAAUGCCUGCUUGUGUGUGUGUGUGUGUGUGUGCGCGCGCGCACGUGUGCGUGUGCAUGAGAGAGAUUUUUUUGUUUAAAAGUUACAAAUCGUUACCUAUUUGAUUUUACUAUUCAUGAAAACAACUCAAGGGCCGUUUUCACACGUCUUACCGGCCGCUAAGAAAUCGUGCAAACCGCUGGGAACGACGGCGUCUUCCUGGCACCAUUUCCUAUCAUGACUCUGAUGGGAAAUUGCGCCAGGAAGACACCAUCGUUGUGGAAGUUUUGCGUGAUUUUGCAUGGCUGGUCAGACGUAUGAAAACGGCCAAGGUUUGAUCUAACAGUAACUUUCCUUACAUAAAUAAUUUUCCUUUUGCCAAAUAUUAGGAAAUAAAGAUGAGUGGAUGCUUUAAAAAUAAAAAAAUGAAUAUUUUUUUUAUACUAAAAUGUAGAUUUAGAAAUAUCCAGGGCAUUUGGGAAUCAUGGUUUUAAUUUCUGCCACGUGAUCCGCAUCAUUUUGUAGGUUGAACUGUAACUUUUUACAAAACUCCCUCUUAUGAACCACAGGCAAUAAAGUACAAGCCCAGUUGUCCUGGU